AUGCUCGGCCUGAAGUUUCAAACCCUCAAGGCGGCGGCCGACUACCGCAUGAGGAGCAUCGCGGGCAAAACGAUGGUGCUGCACCUCAUCGAGGAGGACAUCUACCUUGACGUGGAGUGGCUUGAGUGGACCGCUGAUGACGGCCGCUUCAGCUACCGACACGCUGUGGCUGGCGCAUAA